AUGCACAUAAAGAAGACCUUGUGUGCUUCUUACGUCUACAUCGGCCAAUCCCUUGCUGGUUGUGGAGGAGGGAAGACUGUAAAGCGCCCAGUCAGUAGCAGUCCGCGUCCUUCUUCUUCCAGCAGUGGCAAAAGCAGCAGCAGCAGAAGGGAAAGUUUUGCUGCAUUCAGUGUGCACAAAAGCGACAGCGAAGACGGAUCUCCGUCACCCCCGGCAAACAACAUAAGCAGCAGUGGUGGCGACGACCAAAAAGAGAAGAGAGACGACGAGGAAGACCGAGAUCAUGGUGACUCAAGUAGCAGUAGUGACAGCUCUUCUGACGAGAGUGAUAUCGGAAAUGACGACUGUCGGGUUGCAAUGGACGCGGACGAAGUAAAAGACAAUGGGAUUGAUCCGACAGACGACGACAUGAGCGGAGAGAGCGACGGGAGCUCGGAUCUGGAAAAUGCGUAUCCACGGCUUCCUUCAGCACCGGUGGAUAUGCUGAUUGAUUAUCGACAGCAGGCAGCACACAAGGAGUUGCAACUGACAGAUAAGAUGAAGCAACAGGUGAUAGCAGACGCCAGACAGCGUUAUCAUGAGCGGCUACGGGCACAUCGCUCGAAGAAAAAGACACCGACAUUGCAGAUAAACCAGCAACACUCCCAGAGUGAUCAGGCGACUAACGGAAUGAAGCACAGGGAAAGACGUCGUGAAAGCGUCAGCACUGAGGUGACGGUGGCUCGACACGGACAGAGGCAAGUAGAAGACGAGUGGUUAGUAGACUGCUCCUGUGGUCUAAAGAGGAAAAAUUACGACGACGGAACCUUCAUGAUCCAAUGCGAUAUCUGUAUGCAUUGGGUGCAUGCCAAGUGUGCAGAUAAGCUGCCCGAGGCGGUAGCGCAGGAGAAUUUCGUGUGCUUCCGCUGUUGCUGGAUGUUUGAUUGUGUGUGUUCCGUCCGUCAUCAGCCCAACCACGACGACGGCCAGCGCAUGGUGGAAUGCACAACCUGCAAUACAUGGCAGCACACAAUAUGUGUUGGUAUACCGGAGACCGAGGAGCCAGCCGACGACUAUUGGUGUCCACGCUGUUUGAAGAAGGCACGCCGGCGCAAAUCAGAUUCAAAGGAAAGUAGUAGCCGUGAUCGACGUCGAAGACGAAGUUGUGCGGAAUCACAGCGACAUUCUUGGAAGCGUGCUCAUCCAUUUCGUGCAGGUUCGGUGGACAUGUGGUCUUCGGCUCGUUCACAAGACAAUUUGGAGUCGACAACUCGUUCACACAGGAGCAGACAUGCUGAGGUGCAGGGGUCACAGAAGGAAGCACCGGCUGCUCUCGUGGUUUCGUUACCUUCUGUUUUAGCCGCCUCUCCUCCGUCUACUCCUCCUCCUCCACCAUCAUCGCCUCCACCUUUGAGGUCUGCAAAGUAUGAUGUCAGUAACGGGCACACCAAGCAACGAAGCCGGAGAGAGAAGAAACGUUUAUCUGCGUCGACCAUCUCUUCGCGUCGAAAGCGCGGUCACUCUCUCGGUAGCAGCUUAACGAAGACACACACGGAAGCAAGCGAAAGGGAGCGUCAUUCUUCACCCCCAGAUGUUGCAACGCCUUCGGCAAGAGGUAAAGGGCUCAUGCUUCGAGGGUACUCUCCCGCUGCUGCAAAUACGGGUGCCUCCUUUUCGCGGUCCGAGACUGUUCGCCCUCCACUUCCACUCACGCCGUCGUCCAGUGGUGCAGGCUGUGAGAAUAGCCACAACAACCACAGCCAUGUUGAUCGCAAACGCAAGGUGAGCUCUGCACGAGACCGACUAGAAAAGAAGCUGAAAAUACGGAAGUCUUCUAUGCGUUGA